ACCUGCACACCACCAUGAAAGCACCCAGACAUGGGAAACACUCCGGACUUCAAUGCAUUGGACUUUACCAAGGGGAAACGUGACUUCCGAAGACAUUUUUUCAUCCGUUUGUGGACUUUGCUAUUUUUUUCAUAGACGCUGUUUGUGGAGUAUUUGUGGAUAUCUGACGAGUUAAACUAUUUUCUGGUUGUUCAGCUGGACUGAGAAGGAACUAUGUAGUGCCUCUCGAUCUCAUGACCUUCAGAGCACGGUGAUGUUAGCCUUGAGUCACUACAACUCCUCCGCCUCCCCACUCCUCCCUCGUUUCUCUAAUAACAGCGGAGGCAGGGUGGAGGCCGGGCUGGCUGUUGAAGGCCUGUCGCAGCAGGGAAACCUCACCUUGGUGCAGCCCACCACCAGCGGCGUCAUCGUGGUCGUAUUGUCCAUGACACUUGGAAUCAUCUCCAACAUUGUGGCUCUCUUCAUCCUCGCCAAUGCCCAUUCCCGUCAGGCCCGCCGCACCAAAGCCACGUUCCUUCUGUUCGCCACGUCACUGGUGGUCACAGACUUUGUCGGCCACGUGAUCCCAGGUGCCCUGGUUCUCAGACUCUACCUGUCUGGAGGUGUGCACCCCGAGGACUUUAACUCCUCUGACAGGAUGUGUCAGUUCCUGGGUGGCAGCAUGGUGUUCUUCGGCCUGUGCCCGCUCUUUAUGGGCUGUGCCAUGGCUGCUGAGCGCUGCCUGGGCGUCACUAAGCCGCUGCUACACUCAUCCUUGGUCACCAAAACUCGUGCAAAGAUCUGCCUGUCCAUCAUCUGGCUGGUGGCUCUGUGUGUGGCCAUGCUGCCCUUCUUUCAGCUGGGCUCUUACUCCUAUCAGGAGCCGGGGACCUGGUGCUUCAUCAAAGUGCUCAGUGACACUCAGGAGGUGGAUGUGGCGUUCGUGAUUCUCUUCUCUGGACUGGGUCUGACCUCGCUGGCUGUGGCGCUGGUGUGUAACACCAUCAGCGGACUGACGCUGGUGCUCGCUCGGCUCAGGAGGCAGCCGGGUUACCAUCACUCAACCAAGUCCCAUGACAUAGAGAUGGUGGUGCAGCUGGUCGGCAUCAUGGUCACCUCAUGUAUCUGCUGGAGCCCUCUGCUG